CUCGGUGGGCGUGGUCCCGUUAGAGCUUGAAGCGAAUCACUUCCGGCAUCCGCGCGCAGUUCCUGUAGCCCAGGCGGAGCGGGGAGACGCGGAGAGGCGGCAUGGCGGAGAAGAGCCCCGACCCGAGCUGCUCUGUGGCCCGGAGGAGUCCCGCCGUGUCCGCGGCCGACCGUGUACACUCAGCCAACAACGCUUCGUCCAAGUGGGUUCGCCUUAAUGUCGGCGGCACGUACUUUCUCACCACCAGGCAAACCCUGUGCCGAGACCCCAAGUCGUUCCUGUAUCGCCUGUGCCAGGCCGACCCCGACCUCGACUCUGACAAGGAUGAAACAGGUGCUUAUUUGAUCGACCGAGACCCGACGUACUUCGGCCCAGUCCUCAAUUAUCUGAGACAUGGAAAGCUGGUGCUUAACCGAGGCCUUGCAGAAGAAGGUGUUCUGGAAGAGGCUGAGUUUUAUAACAUCACCUCGCUUAUAAAACUAGUGAAAGACAAAAUCCGGGAGCGGGACUGCAAGAUGUCUCAGCUUCCUGUAAAACACGUCUACCGAGUUCUCCAGUGUCAAGAGGAGGAACUCACUCAGAUGGUCUCCACCAUGUCAGACGGCUGGAAAUUUGAACAGUUGGUCAGCAUCGGCUCGUCGUACAACUACGGAAAUGAAGACCAGGCAGAGUUCCUCUGCGUCGUGUCCAAGGAGCUACACAAUCAGUCAUACGGCACAAACAGCGAGCAGAGCGACAAGGCUAAGAUUCUUCAAGAACAAGGUUCUCGGAUGUGACCGUGAUGCUCCUCUGUCAUGCGGGUUGGAUCCUACACAUCAUCAUCAGGACGAAAUUGGCAAGCCGGACGAAAUGCUAUUCAUAUUGGAGUUUAUUUUCUUUAUAUUCCAAAAAGAACAAAGCAGGAAUAUGCAUGUCAUUUACAAGCUUAUAAAAAAAAAGGGCAGCGUUCCAGUUUACUCAGGGUCUCAGCUUGACAUUCUGAAUACCAAUCGUGACGUUUUCCACUUCAGUGAGCAGUUUCUUAUUACGUGAAAAAAAAAAAAAAGAAUUCGGGGUAUCUUUUGAAAAUUGUUUAAAAAUGGUUGGUUUAAAAAAGGUGGUUUAAAAAAAAAAAAAAAGUUUACCGUGUUGUGAAUUGCAGGUGUUACCAUGGUGACCGAUACGUCGGUGUUGACCGGUAGUGUUUACCUAUACAAAUGAUUUUUUUUUUCUUUCUUUUUUCUUUUCUUUACCCACACUUUGUAUUUCAGCAUGUAUGUAGAAGUAGAGGUGACCAAACCUUUCUGUUCUGACCCGCCUUUGGUUUAUUAGUCAGAUCAGGAAUGCGGAUUAAAUAUACGUUCAUUAACAUUUAUUUUAAAGUUACAGUAAGAGAUAUUUUUUGGUAUUGUGGGUUUUUUUUUUUUUUUUUU